AUGGAGCGCACCCAGCCGAGUGACAAGCCCGGCACAGUUAUGGAGCUCCUGGUGCAGGUGGGCCUGGCGCACCAGCAAGAGCUACAAGCAGUGAAGGACGACGUGUUGGCAGAAAGUGCCGCUCUCCAGGCCGAGAUCGAGGAGCUUCGCAUUCUCGCAUCGUCUUCGAGAAGCCCGCAGAAUGCCCUAAGGGUCCAUGCUGCCCCGAAGAUGCGAGGCCGGGUCAAAAGUACCGGACCGACAGGAGAUGAUGGUCGGCAAGCAUGGGCCGGCGAGGAGACAUCUGUGGAUGCCAUGGACAGAUUCGUGAUCGAUGCCAAGGUAGAAAGCAUGGAGUCAUUGAACGACGAAGUCCAAGGUAGUGCAGGUGGGCAGGGCCAGCUGUUCCCGCCUGCUGUCAGUUCCCGUGGCGGAUCAAAGGCUGCAAGUGAUGCCGGUGUGAUGGAGCACGCAUCAUCUGGGCAGUCAAGCACGCCAGAUUCUCAUCAGCGCAGCCAGAAAACUGCAGAGAGAGGCAGUCUCCUAAAAGUCAGAGAAGAUGAGGAUGGAAAGGCAGAUGCAAACAUCCCAGAGUUGUGCGACGUCUGGAAAGCAGGCCGGCGCGUGGGCAAAGCGCGGGUGAACCUAUUGGCCUCUCGCUCUCGGCAUACACGGAACAGGCCUGAUGUCCUGCAAGCAGCAUCACCAAGACCGCUCGAGGAUUUCUUUGAAGAGGGGCCCGGUCGAUGUGUGUCGCGCCUGGUCGUGGCGCCAACGUCGCUCAAGCGGUUGUCCUAUGAUGUCUUCGGUGUUCUCUUGAUCUGCUACGACCUGAUCUUCCUUCCCAUCGAAGCGUUCCAGCCCGAAAGCACCCUAUUCAUGGAAACCAUGGCCUGGGUUUCAAGCUGCUACUGGCUUCUGGACAUACCUCUAUCUUUCUUGGUCGGCUACCCGCUUUUGGAGGAAGGAACUGUCGAAAUGAAGGUGCCGAAGAUUGCCGCCAACUACUUAAGAACAUGGUUUGUUUUCGACUUUGCUGUUGUCUGCCUGGAUUGGGCGCUACACAUUUGGAGCCUUGCCUUCGCGGCCGAUUCGGAUUCAGGAGCCGAUGCUGGUGUUGCUUUCUUCCGAACGGCGAAGACAAUCCGUUUGCUUCGCUUUUUCCGGCUUAUUCGGCUGAUGAAGGCACGCAGCCGCAUCAAUGACUUCGUCGAACGUGUGCAGUCCGAAGCUUCACUGAUCUUGAUCGGUAUUGCAAAGCUCAUAGCUUUCAUUGCCCUCAUCAACCAUCUGGUGGCAUGCAUUUGGUAUGCCAUAGGCACAUAUGAUCUCACCAGGGAGGACACAUGGCUACGGACCACCGGCUUGGAUGCCAAGAACAUAUGGUACCGAUAUUCUACAGCGCUUCAUUGGUCCAUGUCGCAGUUCACGCCGGCGUCCAUGGAAGUUGUCCCUGCCAAUGAGUACGAGCGUUUCUUCACUGUGUGCAUGAUCCUGUGUGGUAUGCUUAUCUUCUCGUCUUUUGUGUCUGCAAUAACCAGUGCCAUGAACCAGCUGCGAAAUCUCAACAGUUGGCGCCACGAGCAGGAAUCCCUUCUGCGACGCUACCUUCAAGAAAAUGAAGUCAGCCCGUCGCUGACGGCCCGCAUCCACAACUGCUUGCAGAAGGCUUUGCAGCGAUCACGCCGCCGGGUGCAUGUGGAUGAGAUUCGCAUAUUUCAGCAGCUGCCAUUGAGCCUGAAGUACCUUGACUUCUGUCCAAUCCAGGGGGCAUUCCGUAAUUACUUCAUGUCGCCUGGGAGGUCCUAA